AGUAAAAUGGCAACCUUUUCACAAUCAACCAUUGACAAGGGAUCUGACAUGAUCCAAGACUUCUUGUGCUCGACCUGCGAAGACAACAAACUGGAUAAUACAGCUGAUUUCUGCUGCGAAUCUUGUGUUAAGUUUUACUGCAGAAAAUGUAUUAGCAUGCACAGCCAGUUGUUUACAUAACAUGCCCCGUUUGGAAGGGGAGAUAUGAAGAAAUGGCCAGUGACCAAAAAGGUGGAAGAUUUUCUUCUAAAAUGUGAUGUCCAUAAAGACAAAAACCUUGAAUUGUUUUGUAAUAAUCGAAGUGAGCUGUGCUGCACACACUGUGCCUUCCUUAAUCACAGACACUGCCAAAAGGUAACUCUUAUAUCCGACAUUGUAAAAGGUCAGUCUACAGACCUUCAACAACUGUCAGUUUCUAUGCAAACAAUUCUUAAAGAAAUGAAGAAACUUCAAGACAGCCAGGAGGCUAGCAUUCAGUCUGUGCAAAGUUCAUAUGAUGAGCAGUUAUGCAGGAUACAGGUAACACGCGGAAAAAUAAAUGCAGCCUUAGACACGAUUGAACAGAAGACACUGAAGGAAAUGAAAGAUACUCUAACCAAACUACAAGCCUCUUCCAAAAGUGCUGUUGACAAAUGCAUCAGGCUAAGGGAUGAAUUGAAACAACUUCGAGAUGCCAUACAGGACAUUAGUGAUAAACGCAAACUGGAACUAUCCUUUAUAGCCACCAGGAUAUGCACGGACAUAAUAGAACAAUCUGACACUUUUCUGAAGAAGAACUCUCUUCAGGGUAAAUUUUAUUUAACAUUUCAGCCUUACAAUGAAAUUGUACAUUACUUGGCCACACUGUCUGGUCUUGGGAGGAUUGAACACAGUACCCAGACAUUGAUGGUACAAGAGAAUCCAAGCAAUGUGUUCACUGUGCAGGGGAAGUCCUCCAGGAUGGACAGGUCCUGGUUGCAGACCACGCUAAGAAGAAAGUCAAGCUUUUUGACCAGCAGUACCAGGUGGCCAAGUGCUGGUCUGUGGAUGGGGUCACACUCUAUCCUACAAGUGGAUAGUGAGGGCAGAAGUAAGCUGGCCACUCUUGCUACACAGGAGGAUGGAGUGGUGAAACCACAUUCAGUCUACUACAACAAGCACACUGCCUCCAUCCUUGUGGGACUUAAAAACAGUAUCCUUGUGUUCAAAGUUGAAUAG